AUGGACGAUGAAUUCCGUGUGACUCCUCGCCAGAUUUGGGCGAAAGCGACGACAACUUCGACUAAAACGUAUUCGUCAGGAUGCACACCCUUCGUCUUGCCCAGCGAUGGAAUUAUACACGUGAAUAAGUCCUUCGAACUGACUCUCACCAAAAACGCUAUCUAUGAACCGAUCUGUACGGGUCAAGCGCACUCCGAUUAUACCCACGUUGAAGCCGUUCUCGAUACGCGUGACCCGUUCUAUUCCUCCGUCACGCCCCAGUUGUACGCCAUCGGUUGCUGUACUGUUGUCAGUUAUGUCCUCGUUAUCAUUCUUCUUAUUACACCACGUACCUUCUUCGUCGGCGGGCCUGGUGGUGGUGGCGCCAAUUUUCUCGGACGACAUGGCAUGAUGAGUGGUUCAUAUGGCGGAAACUCCUCAAUCGUUGGUGUUGGUGGCCGGCCAUGGUUACAGAAAGUGGCUGCGCUUCUUGUCGCAGUUUCAUUGACAAUCGCCACGGUUGAUUCUUUUCGAGUCGCUGAGGCACAGUACGAGUAUGGAUAUUCAGAUGCAGAAGCGCUUUCGGAAGAGGUUAUCGAUGGGAUGGAGAUUCGCAUUGUUCGCGUGAUUUCACAGACCUUUCUCUGGCUAGCGCAGGUCCAGACAUUGAUUCGACUAUUUCCGAGACAUAAAGAAAAGGUCAUGAUCAAGUGGGCUGGAUUCGCUUUGGUCGUUCUGGACACCAUCUUCAGUAUUCUUGAGAGUUUCUUCUUCAAAAGUACCUCGACUCAUCCCCGCUUAUACGAUGAUGCAAUUCCUGCUCUGAGCUACCUGUUCGAGCUGGCGCUCAAUCUGCUGUACGCUGCGUGGGUAAUUUUCUACUCCAUUUCGAAACACCGCUAUGCCUUUUUCCACCCCAAAAUGCGCAACAUUUGCUUCGUCGCCCUAUUAUCGUUCUGUGCCAUUUUGAUUCCCGUGGUAUUCUUUGUCACAGACAUUGCAAAACCAGAGAUCGCCGGUUGGGGUACAUACAUCAGAUGGGUCGGGUCAGCAGCGGCCAGUGUGGUGGUUUGGGAAUGGGUAGAGCGCAUAGAAGCCCUUGAGCGAGAUGAAACCAAAGACGGAAUCCUUGGACGAGAGGUGUUCGAUGGCGAUGAAAUGCUUGAAAUGACUCCAUCUGAAGAGGUCGAUUGGCCUGGUUACUCCACGCAUGAUAAGGGAGGCGGGAAUGGCACUUCUUCAGCAUGGGGUGGAGUUAUCAAUCUUUCUCAUCGACCACUACGAACAAGAGUGGGAAUGAAUCGGGGAACUCAAAAUUUCCGUGCCCCAAGGCAAACGCAAAAUCCGAAUAUCCAUCCAUCGCAACACCGAAAUAAUCAGCGACCCACGCCACCCCCCGCAGUCAUCACACCAGUCAGUCGGACUGACACCAGUAGUGCUCCCAGCACAGUAUAUAAUGUUCGAUAUCAUCCAGUCACCAGCCCUACACCCCCUGUGGCAAUGCCGCACAUGGAAGAAGACGACGAAGUAGACGAAGCAAAAGAGAUGGAGAUCGAGAGCCACUCAGUCGCAGGGAAUUUUCAACAAGAUCCCCCAGCGCCUGGGGGUAUUAGAGAACAAUCACCGCAAAUUGUUCAAGCCGACCCCCGUUGGCGCAAUCUCAUCAACAAUUUCAGGCGCAGAAGGGCAUCCCUUCCGAGGGAAGUCGCCUUUGCACAAGCCGGCGAGGAAGUCAUUGAUGUUGCUUCCGGCUCAGAGCCCGAUGACCACGGCCAGCCUAGCGUGCAGACCAGAUCAAAUAAUAACUUCUUCAUGCUGCAUCGAAAUCGACUGCCCGGCUCCGGUUCCUCACCUGCUGAUGCGCCAUUGCCGGUUACAGUGAUUCCAGCUCGUCGUCGUGGCCAGCAGACAUGGUCACCACAACCUCGAAAUGGACUGUUAGAGGCGUCUAGCCAUCAUGAACGUUCCCAAAAUGUUAACUCACAUUUACCAGUCAGAGUUAUUCCUUCUCAACCACAGGAGUCUGCUCCAUGGGAUGAUACAGACCUCGAGAAUGGACAAAGCAACUACGUGCUUCGUUAUGACCCUGAAGCCGCAGCUCUUGUUCGUGAGCAUGUGAGCAAUUUACGAGAAGAACCUAUUGUGACGAAUGAUCGCGCAAGCUGGACACAGACGACUAUCUCGGAGGUCGGUUCACAUCACGGCGACGGGGAUGCCUCGACAAUACAUGAACAUGACCAUGGCCACCCGUCUACAUGA